AUGAGGUGGUUGCUGAAACUUUGGUACGUGUAUUGUCCCGAGCGUCAUGGACGAGUAAGGGGACUUGGACUUGGGGUUACACCAUCAAAAAUAGAUGGAAAUACACAAAACAGUGAGAAAGUGAGAGACCUUGAGAGCAAAUUAGAAACUCAAUCAGUAAGGAUGGAAGCACUCGAAGAAAAGAAUCAAAAUAAGAAUGUAGAGGAUAUGAGUUCACGUGCUUUUACUCCACAGUCUCAACAAGGAAGUGGUAUGGAGGGAGGUAUUGCACCAGUGGAAAAUGGAAAGUGUCAACUAUUGCACUGGUACUUGGUUGAGGAGGAAAUUGUAGGCGAAGGGAAGAUUGCAUCAAUAGACCCAAGUACAAAUGUGCAUCACAUGCCACUAGGACGAGAUUGUUGGAAGGUUUGGGUUGACGAGGUGUACAUGAGUCAUUUGCCCUUAUAUAGACCAACGGAAGAAUUUCGAGUUCUUAGUGACGCCAUAGGAAGUACUAUUGCCUUGGCCAAAGAGCUGCAUUAG